GUUGAACCAUGCUCCGUGCUGCAUCCAGUAUCCGCGCUGUGGCCAAUCGUGGAUUGGCAACUGCUGCUGUUGCCAGACCAGGAGUACCACUUGAUGAACGUGAGGGAAAGGAGAUUUACACUACUGUAGGAAUCGAUUACAAUGAGCCAAAGUUCGACAAGAUUUUGAUUGCCAAUAGAGGAGAGAUUGCGUGUCGCGUGAUCAAAACUGCCAGAGCUAUGGGAAUCAAGACAGUGGCCGUUCACUCAGAUGUCGACAGCAACUCGCUUCACGUAAAGAUGGCCGAUGAGGCUGUAUGUGUUGGAGAAGCUCCAACUGCCAAAUCCUACCUACGUGCUGACCGCAUCUUGCAAGCUGUCGAGGACACCGGUGCUCAAGCGGUUCAUCCAGGAUAUGGAUUCCUUUCCGAGAACACCAAGUUUGCCGCCGAGCUUGAGAAGGCUGGAGCCAAGUUCAUCGGACCAAACUCUAAGGCUAUUCUUGAUAUGGGAGACAAGAUUCAUUCAAAGAAAAUCGCUACCGCAGCCCGUGUCAGCAUGAUUCCAGGAUAUGACGGAGAAAUUGCUGAUGAGGAUAUGUGCGUGAAAGUCUCCCGCGACAUUGGAUACCCAGUCAUGAUCAAGGCUUCUGCCGGUGGUGGUGGAAAAGGAAUGCGAGUUGCCUGGAACGACAAGCAAGCUCGUGAAGGAUACCGUUUGUCCAAGCAAGAAGCAGCUUCUUCUUUCGGAGAUGAUCGAAUGCUCGUUGAGAAGUUCAUUGACAACCCACGGCACAUUGAGAUGCAGGUGCUCUGCGACAAGCAUGGAAACGCUUUGUGGCUCAACGAGCGUGAAUGCUCCAUUCAGAGAAGAAACCAGAAGGUUAUCGAAGAGGCUCCAAGCAGCUUUGUGCCACCAGAGAUGAGACGCAAAAUGGGAGAACAGGCCGUUCAGCUCGCCAAGGCUGUCGGUUAUGACUCUGCUGGAACCGUCGAAUUCCUCGUUGAUUCUCAGAGAAACUUCUACUUCUUGGAGAUGAACACUCGUCUUCAGGUCGAGCAUCCAAUUACCGAGUGCAUCACUGGAAUCGAUAUUGUCCAACAGAUGCUUCGCGUUUCCUACGGUCACCCACUUCCAAUCACCCAAGAGCAAGUGCCACUCAACGGAUGGGCUUUCGAGUCUCGUGUCUACGCCGAGGAUCCAUACAAGGGAUUCGGUCUUCCAUCAGUCGGACGUCUCUCCAGAUAUGUUGAGCCAAAACACGUCGACGGAGUUCGUUGCGACUCUGGAAUCCGUGAGGGAUCGGAAAUCUCUAUCUACUACGAUCCACUUAUCUGCAAGCUCGUUACGCACGGAGACAACCGUGAACAGGCUCUGAACCGCAUGCAAGAGGCUCUCGACAACUACGUCAUUCGUGGAGUCACUCACAACAUUCCACUUCUUCGUGAUAUUGUCCAAGAGAAGAGAUUCCGUACUGGAGACAUUACCACCAAAUAUCUUCCAGAAGUGUACCCAGAAGGCUUCCAGGGAACCAGCCUCUCACCAAAAGAGCAAGACGUUGUCAUUGCCUUUGCCUCGGCUCUCAACGCUCGUAAACUUGCUCGUGCCAAUCAAUUCUUGAACCAGAACAAACAACGUAGCACUCAUGUGGCUUCCUUCUCGAAGACCUACAAGUUCGUGUCUUCUCUGCCAGUGAAGGAGGGUGAGAGGCCAACCGAGCACGCUGUUGAAGUCGAAUUUGUCGAAGGAAGCGCCAACAAGGCCCAAGUUCGUAUUGGUGGAAAGACUGUGACUAUCAGUGGAGAUCUCAACUUGUCUCAUCCAGUCAACUCAAUUGAAGUCGAUGGAGAGCACAUCACCACCCAAAUUGUUGGCAAGCGCGCCGGAGAGAUCACCGUUCUUUACAAGGGAACUCCAUUCAAGGUCAAGGUGCUUCCAGAGCAGGCCGUCAAGUACUUGCAGUACAUGAAGGAGAAGGCCAAGGUUGACUUGUCCACAGUUGUGCUCUCACCAAUGCCAGGAGCAAUCAAGAACGUCAACGUUAAGCCAGGAGAUAUGGUUUCCGAGGGACAAGAGUUAGUUGUCAUGGAGGCUAUGAAGAUGCAGAACAGUCUUCAUGCUGGAAAGACCGGACGCGUCAAGGCCGUCAAUGUGAAGGUUGGAGCCACAGUCGACGAGGGAGAGGUGCUCGUUGAGCUCGAGUAGAUUAUUCUCACUGAACCUGAAUUUUUUUUGUUGUUUUAAUUACCGUUUUUUUCCUAAUUUUGUACAAUUCAAAGCCGCCACUAUCUGGUAUGGAGAUUGAUAAUUUCAUUCGCAGUUUCUCAAAUUUCAAGCCAUAUUUAUAUUUUAUUUUUGAUGCCAUUACCCUCACCUGUUGUAUUCCAAUCAUCACGGACGUAUUUCUCAGCCACCACCCUGUUUUGUUGCCCCAAGUAUUAUGUAGUGAAUAAAUAUUGUAGAAGGCA